AUGGAGAAAUACAGCCAGUUCCGCGACAGAGCAACCGGCAUCGCGCCCUUCCUCCCCGUCUCCUCCACCAGCUCGCCCCUCUCGACCCUCACCCACGCCCUCCUCUUCCUCGUCCGCCUCCCCAUCUUCCUCACCUACGCCCUCGGCUACUUCAUCCUCUUCCACCCCCUCCCCUUGCCCGUCUUCGCCCGCAAGAUCGCGCUAUGGGGCCUCAUGGCCAUCCCCGGCAUCUGGUGGAUCGACCUCCAGCUCGACGGCGUCAAGCGCGGCACCCUCUCCGAGCAGCCGCGCGAACGGGUGCCCCAUCCUGGCUCCGUCAUCGCCGCCAACUUCACGAGCCCGAUUGACGCCGUCUACCUCGCCGCGAUAUUCGACCCCGUCUUUACCGUCUCAUACCCUGGGGAGCGCAAAGUUCGCAAGAUAGGACUGCUGUCUGCCAUCAUGAUGGCGCUCGCACCAGUCAACACUGGUCCUCCUGAAGGCGCAAAGCUGGUCGACCUGAAGGACCUCAUUGCGCAAUACCCCAACCGCGUCAUCGCCGUGUUCCCCGAAUGCGGCACCACCAACGGCAAGGCCAUUCUGCCCUUCAGCCCAAGCAUUCUCCAGACUCCCCCCGAUGUGCACAUCUUCCCCGUCAGCCUCCGCUACACGCCCAACGAGGUCACGACGCCCCUUCCGGGGCAGUGGAUGCGCUUCUUGUGGAUACUGCUUUCUCGGCCGACGACGUGUAUCCGCGUGCGCAUCGCCGAGGGGCAGACCAACAAGGCUGCGGCGAGUUCCAACGGCGCAGGGUCGAGCGAGUUGACGUAUCGGGGUGGAUCUAGUGGUGGGAUUAGCAGCGAGGAGCAGAAGUUGCUGGAUUGGAUAGGGGAGGCGCUGGCGAGGUUGAGUAGGGUGAAGAGGGUGGGCUUGACGAUGAAGGACAAGGCUGCGUUUGUGAAGGCGUGGACUGGGAAAUAG